AUGAAUGAUUCUAUGACCACAGCUACUUUCAAUGAAACUCAAGGCCCGUGUGAUGUCGAUACACAUCCGUAUCUUCGACUUGCCUUCGUCAGUUCCUUUUUCAGUUUCGGAAGCGUGAUAUCAAUUGUGGGAUGUGCAUGCAAUCUGCUAUUGCUCCUAUUGUUUCUGUCAAAGCAUUCCAGCAAUUCCUUUCAGACAUUCCUUGCAUUUCUCGAUUUUAUGCUUUGUUUUUUAUUUAUUGCUUGUUUUGGAGCACUUUCGUUCGCCGUCACUUUCAGAAUAGAAUGGUUGUAUACGGUGGUGAAAGACAACAACGUGGUCAUGCUCAUUGCAAGUCGUAUCGUUCAACUAUGCAUUCCAUACACAUUGAUCGCCAAUACAGCUUUUCGAUUGGCAUCGAUUACUCAACGAUCGCAACGAUUCACUCGGAGCCGGAAUUUGCAAAUAGUUGUGCUGACUAUUGCUAUCAUAGCCGUAGUUUUGCGAGUUCCUGGUUAUUUCUUCAUGGAAGUGGUGGAACUACCUGAGUGCGAUUUUUUUGAAAGUCGAGUUUUAUCGGGGAAAAUGAUGGAUCCAGUGGUGACGAACAUGUACAGAAUAAGCGAUGUUUUCAUACAAUUCCUUCAUCUCUUCGUCUCUUUCAUUAUACUUUGCGUACUCAACUGCGUUGUGAUACAAAAACUGAGAACUUCCCAUGAUCGGGCAAAAAGACGUGCAUCCUGCCAGUCGCUUUCUCUUUCGGUGAGUUUGUUUUUCUUAUGGUUUUCUGCGGGACCUUCACGAGGAAUGCCGCUUAAAGAAUAA